UUAGCAAAAUCAGACAUCUGGAUGAUGGAUGGAAAUUUUGCCAUGGCCCCUCUUAAGUUUACACAAUUGUAUGUAAUUCGUGUUCCUCUCGGAAACACUGCUGUCUCCGUUGUUUAUGCAUUCCUUCAACACAAGACUCAAAACACCUAUGAACAACUUUUUACGGCAGUUCUUGAGAAAUGUGCAGAGUACCACCUGUAUCCAGACCCUAGAACCGUUAUGCUUGACUUUGAACAAGCAACUCUACAGGCCAUCACGGCAAUACUGGGAUCGGAAGUUACUAUUCGCUGCUGCUUCUACCAUCUGACACAGUCAUCAUGGAGAAAAAUACAAGAGUUAGGGCUGGCAACUGUGUACAAAGAAAAUGAGGAUAUAAAGUUGUUCUGUGCUAUGGUCGACAGUUUAGCUUUCCUUCCCCUAGAGGAUGUGUCUGCCGGCAUGAAUUACCUCAAACACAACACACCAGAGGGCAUGGAGCCUUUCGUCACUUACUUCGAUCAGACCUACGUAACGGGAACUUAUCGACGAGUCCAAAGACAGCAAGAUGACAAUGAGAUCCCAAGAGUUCAGCUCCGCCUCAUUCCUCCACGGUUUCCUCCAGAAAUCUGGAAUGUGCAUGAAGCAACUAUUCGAGACGAGUCUCGCACGAACAACUUAUGUGAGGGAUGGAACAAUCGAUACAGCAGGUUGGUUGGUCACAGUCACCCAACAAUAUGGCGGGCAAUCCAGUGGAUCCAAGCUGACCAUGCUGUUGUAGCUACCCAGUUGGUGCUAGAAUCUCGUGGCGAGCCUCCCAAGAAACGGCAGAAGAGGGUGUACAAGAAUCUACAAACACGAAUGAAGAACCUCUGCCAAGAUCGCCGUGAUGGUCGCAAAUCAGUUGAGGAGUUUUUACAUGGAGCGGGUCACAACAUUCGAUGGAAGUCCUAAGCAUUAUAAGAAAAGUCAGUAAAAUGUAUAGAAAUAAAGUGUGAACAAAUUUUAGCUGAUUGUACUGUCUGAUUGUAUCGUUUUUAGCUUGAGUUUUUUUUAGCACAUUUUGUACUGUGCCAUUUUUUCCUAGACUAAACAAUGUGCCAUUUU